GCCGAAGCUCAUCAACCACAUGCACUCGUCCUCGAGCGCCCAAUAAUUCCAGCAACAGGCACCGCCUAACCCGAUGCCGAGCUUUUCCAGCUGAAGCUCUAGAAGGCUGCGAAUCGAAGGGACCUCCGAAAAUUGGCAAUGAAUGCUGUUCGCAGCGCGAAGCUCCCUCGGCGCGAGUUGCUUCGCGCCGUUCUCGAGCCGCGGCAUCCCCCUCUGCGAGUGAGCACGAUUAGGGCGCGAUCUUCAGGCCCUGUCGUCGGAAACACCCUACUCAGCACCCCGAUUUCUGGCCGUCAGGUGCGAUACGCCUCCAAGUCGUCCUUCACCCCGCCUGGCCGUCCACCACCGGACGGACAACAGUCGCAAACAACGCCGCCGCCGCCUUCAGUGGGACAGAUAUUGCGCAGUGCAUUGCGCCUACCAAAUCUAUUCCGUGGCCAAAACCUCAAGACAUUGUUCCGGCAGAGCCCCGAAGAGCUUGUGUUAGCGCUGGCACUGCUUGCUGGAGCUGCCGGCGUUAUCGGAUAUGUCAUCUACAUGUACUUCACUUACUUCUACGCCCCGCAAUUCACCAAGUACCCACCCGAAAUCGCGAAGUCCUUGAGGCGUGCACUGCACUACAGCAACUAUUACGAGGACCCGAAGCUCGCCCUGAAAUACUACAAGCUGGCUAUCGAGCAAUGCAAUGAGCAUGGCCUGGAUCCAUUCUCCGACGAGGUGGUCGGAAUCAAAAUUCAGCUUGCCGCUUGGCUAGAGAGGAUCAGCAAUGUCGACAAUGCGAUCCAUGUUUUGGAGUUGGUCUUGACAGAGAACCAGAAAUGGUUAAAACUAGCCGACACGGAGCCGGAAAAGCUCCCAAGAGCACCCAGGCCUGGUACAAAGGUUGGAGAAGGCGAGUCAGAGAAGACUACUACACAAGACGACUUUGACAAGUGGCUUCGCUCUUCGCGUACCAGGAUCCUGGGAAAGUCGGUUGGAAUCAGCACAAAACUUGGAGAAUUAUAUGCGCAUGAGCAAGUCCUACAGCAGGAUAAGGCUCAUGAGCGUCUGAUGUGGGCCGUCGAGUCUGCCCUCGGAGAAUUCCGUCGAAGAUCUACCGAGGGCGUCAAGCCUGGCGAAGGACCAUGGAUGACACCUGAGGAGAUCGGCGGCGCACUGGAAUCCCUCGCACACAGCUACGAACGAAAAUCCGAAUUCGACCUUGCGCUGCCCUUGUUUUUCCAAGCACUCAGGCUAUGUCAAGAUCAGUGCCACAUGGCUGUCAUCAUGAACAACCUCGCCGUGACUUUUGCUCAACAUCCACCCAAGGCUCCCUACGAAACGCUCGCGGGAAUUGUCCCUGGUGAAGGCGAUACUGCCGCAAAACCCAGCUCAGCUGAGCAGUGGACGCGGAAGGACCUCCUGGAGUCGGGCCAGCGAUGGGCCAAGAACGCCUAUCAGCAUGCGAAGGAAGCCUCUGGGGAGAAGCGCACUCCGGAAUGCGACGAGGCCUGCGCCGUGGCUCUUGUCAACCUGGGUGAUAUUGCAGCCAUGAGUGGUGACGUUCAAGAAGCGCGCCGACGGUACGAGCGAGGCAUCAAGCUCAGUGAAAAGAACGGCUUCGCCGACGGGGUAGCGCAGGCUCGAGCUGGUCUGGAGCGUCUCGCGCAGAGAAGCUCUUGAACUGGCAAAUGAGCCCAUCUAUGGAUGUCGAGUAUGAGUCACACACGGGCCCAGCUCUGCUCCGCCUCGCUUUUCCAGAUCACCAAUAUGUUCAUAAUCAGAGGCAGAGUAGGAGUCAUCACCCUAUGCCCGCAACUCGAGCGGCGGCGGCUUGCAAACCACGUUGCCACGCAGCGGUGGCAACGUGCAAAGGCAAAAUCGGAUUACGUGAAACGUUCCAUCGCAUCUGUUGUAUAUUGUCGAGCAAGGAGGGCGUUUGGUAUCAGCUACAUGCCAGGGGAUUAUGGCAACAGAGCCCAAGCAUCCAGCUUCUGCUCAAGUCACUGCCAUCGCAUCAGGCCACCCUGAUGCAGGAUAUUAAGGUUCACGAAAUAGCAAGACGAGACACUCGUGCUGUUGCGGCCCAAUCACGAGCGUGGAUUGAACAUGCGGCUAUUUCCGUAGGCUUAAGCCCGAAACGCACCCGGAAGCUGUGGCUGGACGCCUAGAAGCGCGAUCUAAGACCAACCCGAGAUGUCCCAGAUAGGACCAAUGCACCGUCACGGGCCUCACGCCCCGAAAUUUGACCCGCCAGAUCAUGAACAAGCACCGCGGGGACUCGAGGCGUGGGAUUGUUAACCACACCGCUGACCUCAGAAGCAUUGCAUGCAUGUCAAGGGUAGCGGCACACGUGUUUUCAAGGUUGUGUCCGUCGGCACGGCCGUGGCGACGAAUGGCUGCAGUUGUGGCUGCCCUCCUGCAGGCCAUCGUCACCAGCCUGGAAGCUUGUGGCACGGUGACCAGCCCCACGAUGGCCGGCGGCAUGGGGUUCUCUGUACUGUGGUAGCAAAGGGUGGAGGGUGGCAUGAUAUCACCUCUACCUCGACCCCAGGGCCCUGGACUCGGUACGGGUACCCGCUUUGAGGGGCUCCAUUGUGGAGGCAUCUGGACCCACGGGGCUAGGCUCCCACAUUAACGUCCAAGGAGAUGGUUGUAUUAUGUAGAAGGGGGCUAGAAAAGAAGGAAAAAAUUAGGUACUGUGGUAUUUCGCAAAGUCCUGCGCAUGGACAGGGUUGUGAGCCGA